AUGGGCAUUCUUUCUUUUAUUUUUCUGCUAACUUAUUUACUCUUUUUGUUAUCCAAAGUCUCCUUUGCAGUAGAUAGCAUUACUCCAUCCCUAUAUAUUAGUGAUGGAAGUACCUUAGUUUCUAAAGAUGGAAGCUUCGAACUGGGAUUCUUCAGUCCUGGUAUUUCCAAGAAUCGCUACUUAGGAAUAUGGUACAAGAAUAUCCCAGUUAAAACUGUAGUGUGGGUUGCAAACCGACUCAACCCCAUCAAUGACUCGUCUGGCUUGUUGAUGAUAAACAGUACAGGCAGUCUUGUGCUUAUGAGUCAGAAUAAGAGCGUUGUUUGGUCAACAGGAUUAGGAACACAAAAACAAGCCAAGAAUCCUGUGUUACAGCUCUCAGACUCAGGAAAUCUUGUACUAAGAGAUGGUAAUUCAGGAAUCUCUUUCUGGGAAAGCUUCGACUAUCCAUCUGAUACAUUUUUACCAGGAAUGAAGUUGGGAUGGGACUCAACGAAAGGCAUUAAGUGGAGUCUUACUGCAUGGAAAAAUCCAGAUGAUCCAUCUCUGAGUACAAUAUUCACUUAUGGAGAUUUCACUUAUGGGAUAGAAAUGCAUGCAUACCCUGAGCCUGUUAUUUGGAAAGGAAACAAAAAGGUUUACCGUCCCGGCCCAUGGAAUGGCCUUCGGUUUAGUGGUUCACCGGGUCUAAAGCCGAACCCGGUUUAUGAUUACAACUUUGUUUCCAAUGACUUUGAGGUGUACUACACAUACACCCUAAAAAAUAAAUCUGUAAUCUCAAGAAUAAUUUUGAACCAAACCAGCAAUACACGUGAGCGGUACAUCUGGAUUGAAGCUGAGCAAGUUUGGCGCCGCUAUACAUCAGUACCUAGAGAUUACUGUGACUAUUAA